AAAAUACGUUUGAAUGUCGUCGGUCGAACUACGUUAAUUUGUGCUCCAGAAAAGUUACUAAUUCUUUAUAUGUUAAACGUUGUGUUCAGUGAUAAAAGUUUGAUAUUAUUAUUCUGUGGUUCAUCAGGAACAAAUUUUGUGUAUCGGUAAACAUAUCCAACAUGCCGCGCAUAUAUAAAGCAGAUCCAAGGGGCAAAAGGUAUAAUAAAUAUGAUGUAAGUCUUAUAUCCGAAGCAGUAGAAGCAUAUAGAUCUGGCAAUAAAUCUCUAAAAUUCAUAGCUGACAAAUUUAAAAUAGACAAAUCAGUAUUAUAUAGGCACGCUACUCGAACUAUGAAAAGGCACGGGGGUCAGACUGUCCUGUCGGAGGAGACUGAGGAAACGAUAAUAAAAUAUAUAAAUAUAUGUGCCGACUGGGGUUAUCCAUUGGACUCUUUAGACUUGCGAUUCCUUGUUAAGUAUUAUCUUGAUAAAGUAGGAAGGACAGUCUUAAAAUUUAAAAAUAAUUUGCCUGGUCCAGACUUUGUAAGAAGCUUCCUUAGGAGGCAUAAAGACCAAAUAUCGCAACGAAACUGUCAAAAUAUUAAAAAUAAUAGGGCAGCAGUCUCGCCAAUGUCGUUAAAAAAAUAUUUUGAAGAAUUAAAACUGUCUUUAGAAAAUGUUGAGCCUCAGAAUAUAAUAAACUAUGACGAAACGAAUUUAACCGAUGACCCUGGCCGGAAAAAAAUUAUAACAAAACGUGGUACUAAGUACCCAGAAAGGGUAGUCAACCAUUCUAAGUCCUCCAUAUCGAUAAUGAUGUCAGCUACCGCUGAAGGGGAUUUGUUGCCACCCUAUGUGGUGUACAAGGCCCAAAAUUUAUACGAUACGUGGUGUGAGAAUGGGCCAGCGGGAACUAGAUAUAAUCGGUCUCAAAGUGGAUGGUUCGACGGCAAUAUAUUCGAAGAUUGGGUAAAAUCCAUUGUUUUGCCUUAUUUUAGAAACAAAGAAGGGAAAAAAGUUCUUAUUGGGGACAAUUUGUCAUCACACUUGUCUUUAGACGUAAUAAAAUUAUGUCAUGAGCAAGAUAUAUCAUUCAUCUUUUUACCAGCCAAUAGCACACAUUUAACCCAGCCAUUGGAUGUAGCAUUCUUUCGUCCAAUGAAGAUGGCCUGGCGUAACAUUCUGGUUAAAUGGAAAAAAACAGAUGGCAAGUCCCAAACAUCUCUGCCCAAAGGAUGUUUCCCAAAGCUAUUAAAAAAACUCAUGGAAGACCUCUCUGAAAAUGCCAAACAAAAUAUAAUAUCUGGUUUUAGGAAGACCGGAAUCAAACCUAUUGAUCCAAAUCAGGUUUUGAGUAGACUGCCGGAAGAACUAGAUGUAAAAGAAAGUGGAGAAAAUGAAGUUGAAAAAUCAGUAUUAGACAUUCUCAAAGAGAUGCGGUAUGGAACAACUAAUAUAAACGAACCAAAAAGAAAAAGAAAAUUAGAAGUUAUACCAGGAAGGAGUGUUGGUUCUUCUGAAGAUUAUGGAAAAACUGAGGAAGAAUCAGAAAAUGUAAAGGAAAAAGCCAAGAGAAUCGGCAAAAGGACGAAAAAGAUAAAUAAUGAAGAAAGGAUUUAUGACGAAGAAACGGCGUAUUAUGAUGAAAUGGAUAAAAAAGUUUAUAAAGGCAAGGGUAAAGGAAAAAAAACAAAACGAAAUAAAGGCAAAGAAAAUGAAGAAAAAAAGGAAAUUGUGUAUCAGAAAAAAACAGAUGAUGCUAACUCUUUAAAUAAUAUACAAUAUACUGAAAUUGAUUGUUUAUCUAAUGAAGAUAUAGAGGCUAUGUCCAUUACUAUUGGAGAUUACGUUUUGUAUGAAGGAAAUGAAAUAGUGAUAGCCGAGAAUUUUACAAGUACGAGUACAGAAGGUAAAGAGAAUUUGACACCGAGAAUAAAGAAAAUUAGUACAAAUAAUAAAGUAAACAUUCUUGCUGACGAAAUUAUUUCUCCAAGUACUUCGGACAGAAAGAUAUCAGUUCAUUUAAAUGAAUGGAGACAAAUUUCUCCACAUUCUUUUGUUAAAACUGCUAAUCAACCUAGCACAAGCGGUUCGAAAAGUACUAUGGUGCCUGCACCACGAUCAUCGUACUACACUAAAGAUGCUGAUAUUCUCAAAGAUUUGAUGGACGAUGAUAUUAUAUAGCUACAAAAUAAAUUAUAAGAAUCUCAUUCGAAGAAGUGAUUUAAAAUUAAUAAGACUGAUAAAAUAAUAAAUAAGGGAUAACUAUUAUCAUACUCUAUGAUUCCUAGUAAUUCUAAGGACUGUGAUUUAAACUUCUAAGUGCAAUUUAUAAUAAAUAGGUACUCAAAA